AUGCCUCUCACUGCGUUUAUCGCGCGACACAACGUUGUCACCAUUGAUGCGUAUAUUUUCCUCACCGGCUCGUGCGGCUCAACGAGCACGACGCUGGUCUUCCUUUAUGUGUUGUGGCGCUUUCCACGCUUCAUAAAGCAUGUGAAAGAGGAAGGAGCGGAUCCCACUGUUGUCGUGCGGUUGGCGACGUUCUAUCAGCUCAACCUAGCUCGGGUGGUGUUCAGGUUCAUGUUUACGCUCCCGCUGCUCGUCUUGGCGUUGGACGGCAUCAUCGGACGGCGGCACAUUGUAAACAGGAACUUAUUUUGGACAGAUUUCCUAUUGAUGAUUGCAGGCAUUGGAUGUUUUGUAUCCAGUACGAUCACGCUCCUUAUUUUCUUCCCUCGUUCGAUUAUUCGAGAGGCUGGAUACAAGCCUAAACCGUCAUCAACGGCCGCCAACUCGCCGAAAAGCGCGCCUAUCACCCCUCCCGCUUUGUCCUCGCCCUUCAAUGCAAUGAGCUCGCAUGUUCAAUCGCCGCUCUUCUCCCCCACGACUUCGCAGGCUGCACAUCUGACUAUGAACAUGCUAUCACCCGUGUCAUGGGAUAGCGAACUUGCAGGGCCAGCAUCUCCCGGCGAGUCGAAUUUCGAAGCAGAAAUGCACCAGGAACAUGAGCUCGAAUACGAUCCUGAGUCCGCCCCACCAUAUCCACACCUAUACCAGCGCCAUCCCUUCCCGCACUCGCUAUCGAGUCCACAAGUCCCUUCGGCGCCGUCAUCACCACACGAAGUGCGUGUCACGAUACCACAGCCCGUACGAUACGCUCAGGAGCCGGUCUAUGUGAGCUAUCGGCAGAACGUGGGCGCGUCUGAGGACGCGGUGCAUCCUAUGAUGCGCAGUACGCAGUCACACGAUUAUAAGCACGCAGUUAUAACCUUCACGUCUCCCAUUGAUCUCAUUGGUAUACCCGACGAAGUCGACUAUCCCCGAACGAUAUGA